GAGCCGAGCCGCCGCUUCCUUCCCAAACUCCUCCUCUUUCUCCGUCCCUAUCGCCCGAUCGCUUCUCCCUUCCUCUUCCCCGCCGGAACACGCAAGCCGCAGGCGACCCUCCCCUGUAGAGCCUACGCCGUCGGGAUCUCUCCGGCCAUGGAUCCAUACAAGCACCGGCCGUCGAGCGGGGCCAACGCGGGCUUCUGGUCCACCAACUCCGGCGCGCCCGUCUGGAACAACAACAACGCGCUCACCGUCGGGGAACGAGGACCUAUCCUCCUUGAGGAUUAUCAUCUGAUUGAAAAGCUUGCGCAGUUCGACAGGGAACGUAUCCCUGAACGUGUUGUUCAUGCACGGGGAGCCAGCGCAAAGGGGUUCUUUGAGGUGACUCAUGAUAUUUCUCACCUUACCUGUGCUGAUUUUCUCCGGGCUCCUGGGGUUCAGACCCCAGUUAUUGUCCGGUUCUCUACCGUCGUGCAUGAGCGUGGAAGCCCUGAGACCUUGAGGGAUCCACGUGGUUUUGCGGUGAAAUUCUACACCAGAGAGGGUAACUUUGACCUUGUUGGGAACAAUAUGCCUGUGUUCUUUAUCCGAGAUGGGAUGAAAUUCCCUGACAUGGUCCAUGCUUUCAAGCCAAGUCCAAAGACCAAUAUGCAGGAGAACUGGAGAAUAGUUGACUUCUUUUCGCACCACCCGGAGAGUCUGCAUAUGUUCAGCUUCCUCUUUGAUGAUGUCGGCAUCCCACUCAACUACAGGCACAUGGAAGGUUUUGGUGUCAACACCUACACCUUAAUCAACAAGGAUGGAAAGGUUCACCUUGUUAAGUUCCAUUGGAAGCCUACAUGUGGUGUCAAGUGCCUCUUAGAUGAUGAAGCUGUUACUGUUGGAGGCACCUGUCACACCCAUGCCACAAAGGACUUGACUGAUUCUAUUGCAGCUGGGAAUUACCCAGAGUGGAAGCUUUUCAUUCAGACCAUUGAUGCCGAUCAUGAGGAUAAGUUUGACUUUGACCCUCUUGAUGUCACCAAGACCUGGCCAGAGGAUAUCAUCCCACUGCAGCCUGUUGGACGGAUGAUCCUGAACAAGAACAUUGAUAAUUUCUUCGCAGAAAAUGAACAAAUUGCUUUCUGCCCAGCAAUAAUUGUCCCUGGAAUCCACUACUCUGAUGAUAAGCUGCUACAGACAAGAAUUUUCUCCUAUGCUGAUACCCAGAGGCAUCGUCUUGGUCCAAACUAUCUGAUGUUACCUGUGAAUGCACCGAAAUGUGCUCACCACAACAACCAUCACGAAGGCUUCAUGAAUUUCAUCCACAGGGAUGAGGAGGUGAACUACUUCCCUUCAAGGUUUGAUCCUACCCGUCAUGCCCAGAAGUACCCUAUUCCAACUCGUGUUCUAACAGGCUGUCGGGAAAAGUGUAUUAUCGAAAAGGAAAACAAUUUCAAGCAGGCUGGCGAGAGAUACCGGUCUUUCGACCCUGCUAGACAAGACCGUUUCAUCCAGCGGUGGGUUGAUGCACUCUCAGAUGCUCGUGUUACCCAUGAAAUUCAGGGCAUCUGGAUCUCAUACUGGUCACAGUGCGACACGUCCCUCGGUCAGAAGCUGGGGUCGCGGCUCAAGGCGAAACCAAAUAUGUAAAUCGACAAGGAAGAAUGAAGUAACACAUUAUCCCAGCAGUUGGUUGCAGUGAAGCCAAGAGGGUGCGGCAUGAACUGAUGAAAUGUGCAACCCGUCUGGGUGAAGUCAUGGAUUAAUAAAAUGUACACUGAUAUAUGUAAUACUACUGGUGGUGGGUAUUGUGAACCAGUUGCCUGGAUUACUGAACACUCGUCGUACUGUGUCUUUUGCAAAGAGAUAAUAAAGACAAUGUGAUGGCUUAUCUUGCAA